AUGGAUAUUUGGCGGGAGUUUGGAGACUUUGUUCACUCAAACUUCAUUUAUUUGCCAAGUAUUACAUCGCAGGAAAUUCCUGGUUUCCCAAAUGAGGUAUUAUUAAUUAUGAAGAGUGGAUUUUUAUCCAUAUUGUACAGUAUAGGCAGCAAACCACUACAAAUAUGGGACAAAAAAGUUAGAAAUGGUCACAUAAAACGUAUCACGGAUAAUGACAUCCAGUCCUUAGUAUUAGAAAUUGUAGGAACAAAUGUUAGUACCACAUAUAUCACAUGUCCAGCUGAUCCAAAGAAAACACUAGGCAUCAAGCUUCCAUUCUUAGUAAUGAUCAUCAAAAAUUUAAAGAAAUAUUUCACAUUUGAAGUUCAGGUAUUAGAUGACAAAAAUGUGCGAAGGCGAUUUAGGGCUAGCAAUUAUCAGAGUACAACUAGAGUAAAGCCUUUCAUCUGCACUAUGCCAAUGAGACUUGAUGACGGAUGGAACCAGAUCCAAUUCAACUUGUCAGAUUUCACCAGACGUGCUUAUGGAACAAAUUACAUAGAAACUCUCAGAGUACAGAUCCACGCCAAUUGCCGAAUUCGACGUGUAUAUUUCUCAGAUAGACUUUACUCAGAAGAUGAGCUACCUGCAGAAUUUAAACUAUAUUUACCAGUACAGAAUAAGGCCAAAUAGGGAGUGAAUACAAUCAGGAAAAAUAUAUAAAAUGCCAUCUAUCUCAACUCAGAAAAACAAAAAGUAUAAAAUGACAAUUUGGAAAAGGAAUCUAGACUAGAAAACACACGAGGCUAUACAACCAACCAGUCAUAGACUAAUCAUGACAAUGUCUCAAAAAUAUGGUGCAAACAUUUUUUAGUCAUGGCAUAACAUAAAGUAACUUGGAAAAUGUAAAUUUAUAAAUUUCAGGCUCUUUUAUGAUAUGCCUAGACUGUAGUUGGUAAUGUAAGAGGGGGAGGGUUUGAAAUAGUUAUCACAAUCAUAAGACGUAACAAACAAUCUCUUGUCUCAUAAACAGGAGUGUGCCUUCGAUAAUAUUACGAGAUUAGAAAAAAUACCUAGAAUAUGAAUCUUGAUUUCAAAUCCGGAAUGAAGUCAAUUUUCAGACAUUUUUUCAAUCCAUAUGACUUAUAAAUUUGUUAAAUCAUUGAAGUUAAUAUUUCCUUUAGUAUUUAAUACUCUGCAUAAUGUUAAACAUGCAGUGAAAUGAACCUCAGUGUCAUGGACGUUAAAAUAAUCUGAUACCAUUUUCAGCAACAGUGUUUCCAUGCUUUUAAGCAGCAUUGUUAUCCUGGUGAAAAGGAUUAUGGGAAUGGUACCAGAUUUGAAAUCCGUCUGCUCUAAAGCUGAGGGCAGUUGCAAUAAUGGUUUAUUUGUCAUGUCAAUUUUCACUGUAAAAUAUCAUUUUCAUAUCAAUGUCAAUGUUUAUUAGUCAUUUAUUGUAUCUUUGUAUGUACAAUGUUAAUAUGUAAAUAAACCAUUUACUAGUUAUUUUAAGAUAACAGAA